UCCAAACUCUCAAUCUCUCCUGCAGAAAUAUUUUCACUGAAGGUUGAGUCUCCAGUCUCAGGGCUCCUCGGUUCCUCUGUGUCUCUGCACUGUACUGUCACCAAGAAUAUGGAUGUUCGUCAUGAAGAAGUGCGCUGGUACCGUCCCAAAAUGUAUGACACCCCAAUGCUCCUCUAUGAAAAUAAACAGAUCCAAAAGAGUCCUGUAGAUGUUCAGUACCAGGGCAGAGUGUUCCUGUUAGGAGAUCUGGAGAAAGGAGACGUCUCUGUGAAACUGGAGAACCUGACGCUAACAGAUAGAGGAGACUACACAUGUCAUGUGAGCACUGAUAUGUGGUAUGACAAGGCCACAGUGACCCUCAGACUGAGAGUGGUGGGAUCCACUCCUGUUCUCUCCAUACAUGAAGCAGGAGAAGGGAAGGUGAAUGUUAGCUGUCAGUCACAAGGUUGGCUACCUGAGCCGUCAAUCACCUGGACAGAUAAAGAUGGGAGAGAUCUGAAACAUCUCAGUAACGACAAGUUCACCAACAACUCUGUAGGGACUGUAGAUGUGAGCUCGUGGCUGAUUGUGUCUCCCUCUGAGUCUGAGUGGAUCUCCUGCUCUGUGGGUUUGUCUGAUCAGGAGAGAAAAGAAGACAGAAUAAUGUUACACGUCCCUGCACGUGACACAGAGUCGUUGACUGGAUACAUCAUCAUCAUCAUUCCCGUUCUUCUGGUGCUGUGUGUCGUCGGAAUUGCAGUGUAUUGUGUGCUACGUAAAAAAGAGGGGAAUCUCAAAGGUUUUGUGGAAAUAUGUAUUGUCACGGUGUGCACCUGUGAUGGGUGUGUCUCUCAAUCUGUUAUCGAGUUACACAACAACACCUCACAUCUCAUCCACACUAUCACCAGUUCUAAUCUCACACUUACUGCCUCCAUUUCAGAGACUGGACCUGCUGACUCCACCUCAGAUAACAGACCCACUCUCACCACGUCAGAGAUCAGUUACAAUUUAGACCAAGUGAAACAAUACAAAGUGAACAUCAGCAUCGACCCAGAGGAAACUCCAGAGUCUCUAAUAUACGAGGGAAAGGAAGGAAAGAUAACUCCUGCGUACGCUUACUCGGGCGGUCUUCCUGAUAAUGUUAAAAUCUUCACUCUGUGUAAAGAGAGGUUUCAGGCUGGUAAACAUUACUGGGAGGUGAAAGUGAGAGAGUCACAGAAAACAGUAAAACACUCCUGGUUUGUUGGUGUAGCGAGUGAUACAGCUAAGAGAAAAUACAAUGUCCCGUCUACGCGACAGGAUGGGUUCUGGGUUCUCUGUUAUGAAGGAGAUAAAGGAGUUUAUAUCAGAGAUCAAACAGAAGUGAUUUCACUCCCAGACGUUAAUAAAGAGCUGACAGCAGUGGGAGUGUUUUUAGACUGUGAUACACACACACUGUCAUUUUAUAAUAUUAAUACACACUCACACAUCUACACUUUCACUAAUGUGGACGUCAGAACAUCACUGCGUCCUCUGAUCAGCCCUGGAGUCAGAGACACUAAACCUGUAUGGAUUAUUUAG